AUGAAACUCUGCCAUUACCAUGUCUGCUUUUUACGUUUCGUCUUUCCUGCUGGGUUGGGGUUGGAAAGCGCUGACACCGGCUUUCAAUCCCAAACGUCUCUAGAAGCGAAGGCUGAUCAUCCAUUUGCAUUGGCUCAGGAUGCCUUCGGCGACGAGUCAAAUGCCGAGGUGAAAUACAAGGUCUUAUCAUGGUGUCAUGAUCGCAGAAUCGAUAUCCCUUGGUGUCUUAUCCUUACCAGCAGCCGUUGCUGCGCUCGGUCUAGUCCCCGGCCAUGCGACCUGUUCAAUGGUCUUUGGUGUUGUUGGGCUUGUUAUAUCGCUCAUUUGUUCCCUGCCCCGGACGAUGAAGAAUAUCUCAUGGCUUUCUAUACUAUGUGA